AUGUUAGACGCUAAGUGUGACGAGGACUGCGAUCUCGAGUGCUCGGUAGCGGUACCUGAGGCAAGUCGUCGUGUGGCAUAUGACGCGUUUCGCAACGUGCCAGAAACGCGCGUUGCGCAAAACCUGUACUUGUGUGCGUGCGUCGAGCUCAAUCAUCGGACAGUGGACACGGACGAAGACAUCAUCGAGCAGACCGCCGAGUUUUGGCUGGAUGUUAACGACGGCGACGACGACGGCGACGAUAACGACAUUAAGGUGAAGGUGUGCAAAACGUUUUUUGCCAGCACCCUGGGACUGCCGGACUCGCGAUUGGAGGCGCUGCUAGAGCCCGACACCUUCGAAUGGUUCUCGAAGUACCGCGAUUGCAGCAGAUCCUUUGGCUGGAGCGAUAUCAAUGAUGACGAAUACCACGACGAGGAUUACGAGCACCGACGACAGCGUUAUGCGAACGGCGGACCUAGUAAUGACGACGAAACGCCCUGCACAAAUUUCGUGCUAAAUUCCAGAAAACAUUUAGACAAAAACAAUUCGGCAUUCGUCGAAGAAACAGAUUCGGAUGUGGAAGUAUACUUGGACGGAAUAACAUAUUCAGUUUACAAUAGCGUGAUAAGUUAUAUUCAAACUACACCGAGAGUGGUGAGUACUUGGAUAAACCAAGAGAACAACGAAGAAACGUUCCAAUUCGAAUGUAGUAUUAACUGCCAUUUUCUGUAUUUAAACUAUUUAAAAAAAACGAAAAAGAAUAAAAAUAAAGUGAACGAAAAGCAAUUUAAAAAAAUCUACAAUAGAUAUGUUCAGCAAAGUUUUAUGAAAUAA